UUCCCUGCUAUUUACCAACAAAUAAUCACCCACUACAUGUACCACAGGGUUUCCAGCAUGAUACAGCAGUUCAUCGCCGGAAUGAAUGCUUGUGGCAACAUGUGGCAAGUUGUCCAGAGAAACUGGGAAACCUUUGCACCACUCUUCACUCAUACAUCUAAAAAGCUGUCACGGAAUGAUGUGCGAGGACUCUUUGAUAUUAAAUGGAGUUUGCAAGGCAGCAACAAAAGAGAUCAAGAGGAGGACACCAUCUUUCUUUGGGAGUGGUGGUUGAUGUCAAUUGAAAAUAACGAACUAGAUGUUACUUUGGAGGACCUACUCAUCUUUGUUACCGGAGCAGAUUCUGUGCCCCCACUGGGUUUUCCACACAACUGUGAAAUACAGUUUUAUGAUCAAGAACCUGGAAGCCAGCGAUUUCCAUUCUCUUCCACCUGUGCCCUCAUUUUGUAUCUGCCAAGAGGCAUUACAGAAGAGGCCAUUUUUAAAGACUUAAUGCAGAUGUCCAUUAAAGGUUCUGUGGGCUUUGGAAAAGUCUGAUUAGCUUUCCCGAGGCAAUAAUGCAUGUAGGCUACAGCAAAAUGUGCCAUAAUGUCUAUGAAGACAUGUCGUUGUCCUUUCAGGUAUUCUUUA